AGACGAAGAAACUGAUCGCAAUUUUCCCAUUGCGUUUUUCAUAAGAUUAUCAAGCACGAAGGCAAAACGAUUAAUAAUCAAGAAUUAACCAUCAGAAUCUCCCCAUUGGAAUGAUGAAGUAUCUACUAAUUUAUGCAGUACUUUUAGCUCAAACGCUGGUUGCAGCGGACAACGCUUUCCUGUAUCGUUGCACUGGGGAUAUAUUUUUCGUCAUGGAUUCCUCUGCAAGCAUUUGGCAAGAAGACUUUAAUCAACAACUGAAGUUUGUUAAAGAUCUUGUAGAUACUUUUCAGAUAGGAGAGAACGAGUCACAAGUACGAGUGGGUGUGAUAACAUUCAAUGAUAUAGCACGCCUUAAAUUUUCAUUUGAUCGCUACACAACACGUGACGAAGUGAAAGAGGCUAUAUCACAAAUCAAGUACGAGGCUGGAGAAACUAAUACUGCUGCUGCUCUUCGUCUUCUGCAAGAAGAACUGGCACCUUAUAUUGGCAGCAGCAAUCGCACAUUGAUAGCUGUCGUUAUUACAGAUGGGCGGUCUAUCAAUUCUGAAAAAACCAAAGAAGAAGCUUUAAAGAUACAUAAACUUGGCAUAAAGGUACAUGCAAUCGGUGUUGGCAGCAGAUACGAUAUGAAUGAAUUACGAUCAAUAGCAAGUAGUGAGCGAAACAUUCACGAGGUCACCAGUUACGCAGCUCUUACCGGCAUUGCCAAGAUUUUCAGGGACCGUUUAUGUAUAGAAGAAACAACUACUCGACCGCCAACGACAACACCGAUACCUACUACACCAGCUGCAACAACAACAACUGAAAUAUUUCCUACUACGUUACAACGACUUAUAACUUCACCCUUACUUAUGACUGCAACAGUACGUUUAGCACAUAAAGGUGACAGUGCAAUUGAUAAUUAUGCUCCGGCAAGUCAUGCACAAAUCAGCUAUGCAUCGGUGAAUUCAGUUCAAAACGGAGAAUCAAAAGCAAAAAAUUCGCCAAGAUUUACAAAACCGAUACCCUCUUCGACUAACAAAGAUUCUCAUUCUAAGAAUUUAGAUAUGGCGGUAAAUGGUACUCAAAAGUCGAUCAACUUUGAUAAAAUAUCCUCCUUCGGAAACACAUUUCAGUUAUCUGAUGCAGUAAGAAAAGCAGAUGAUAAUAAAAGAGCAAAUUCCCUCACGAAAACUGGCCGAAAAGAACGAAGUGAAUUAGCACCUGAAUCACCAACAAUCCUUCCUAUUUUACAAUUUCAACAGAUAAAAUCCUAUCAAAGUGCAAAUACAAAUGAGAAAGAAAUAACCUCAAAAAAGACAACUAACUUCACUACCAAUGAAUUUGAUAUCGAAUCAGUAAUUGAUGGCGAUUUUGAGACGGAUGUUGAUAGCGACUCUGAUUUCGAUGGAUUAGCUGAAAAUACUUCCGAAUCUACUAAAAUUAACACCAAAGCAAAGAAAAAACCUGCAAAACCAAAGAAAAACAAAAAAUCAAAAUCGAAAAAGAAACGACCUAAUAAGAAAAAUAAAACUCUGCCGAAGAGUUUACCAACAGCUUCAAGUGAAGUAUCCCCAUGGAAGAAAACGGGCCCAGACGAUAAAAGUGGAAACGAAAUUGUUGAAGGCGAGGUAGAGUAUGUCGUCGAACCCACUGAAGCACCGAAAAAAGACAAAAAGUCAACGCCAAAAGAGCCUGUCAGUCCUACUAAAAAACCUAAAUAUGACACGAAAGAACACAAAGAAUAUGAAGAGGAUACUAAUUCAGAUACUGUGAUAUUUGGUUUCGACUACUUGAGCCUAGGGGAAUAUCGUACUAAAAUGAUCUUCAAGUUUAUCAAUUUAUUACUUCCAAAUAAAUCUACCGGAUAUUUUGGCGUUGUGACGAACUCUUACUUACCAAAAGAUUAUAGCAUUCCGUUAUCCCCAUUCACUAAAAGAAAGAAUUAUAAUUUCACUAAAGACAUAACACUUAGAAAGUCUUCGGGUACAAUUGGAGUCAUCAAGAGAAUGGGUGACAUACUAUAUAAAAAAGGUGUAGAAGAUCAGGGAAACCAUUUUAAACGCUUAAUCGGUGUUCUCUUUAUUGACCCUUCAGUAACGAAUAUCACCCCUGAUAUGUUGAUCGAAGCUAAUGCUUUUAAAGAUUCGGGUUUUGAAAUGUAUUUGGUCAGUGUUGGCAAGCGACGUUGGCGAAACAUAAGAGCUCUUGUGUCAUUAAGCACACAGCCACACAGCAAAUACUUAAUCAACAUACCGACAUAUCAGUAUCUUGUCGACAACGUAGCACACAGCCAGUUGCUACAGAAAGUAUUCGCAGUAUAUAAAAGGAAAUCCUGAACAUCCUUUUAGGUUUUCCUAUUUUCACCAG